GUACACACUGUCUUUACACAUUGACACUUUUCAAAAUGUCUUCGCUAUAUUUUGAAUUUUAACUGUUAAUAUUUCAUGUCAUUCUUUCAUCUAUCUAAUGCAAACAGCAUUCCAGUUCGAGUAAUCCAUUUCUCUCUCAAUUCCAUCAUUUUCAUCUUCAUUAUUCAAUUUUCUUCCAUGAAAUUGAUAUCAUUUAUUCUAUUACCAUAAAAUGCACAUAAUCAAACGAAACUAAAUGGAGAAAGUGAAUCAGUUGUUUUUCUGACUACGAAAACAUUAGAAUUUAAGUUCAACGAAUUUGUGAUUUUUCAUUUUUUCGUUUGUUGUUUGUCUCUAUCGGUUGCAUCACAUACACAAUUCGUUUGCAUGUUUGACAUUUUGGUGGGUUACGUGAAUUAUUUGUAUAGUAGCAAAAGAAAUAAUGAAUCUAAAUGCGGAAAAAAUGAAACGAGAUGCAAACGAUACAAAAACUCAUUGUUUAAAUACGAUGCUGGCCACAAAUAUGGUCACAUCAACCAGUGUAACAACCAUAACAAAGGAAUUUCAAACGCCAAAUUCAAUACGAAAAUCACGCAAUGGGACAUUCAAUUCAUUUCCAAUUGUAAAUACACCGACACCACCGUCAAGAUUUCGCAAAAUUGUUAAUCCAUUCGAAGUUGGCAUCACCGAACGACUGCAUUUGCCAGUGAUUGACAGUCCGUCAUUAUUUCAUCGGCCGGCUACGCCACAAAUGUGCUCAACACAGCUCGAAUUUGAAUGGACCAUUGACGAAGUGUCAUCACUGAAUCCAGCCCAUGUUGAAGCACACGAAACGCAAUUCGUAUCGAUUGUCGAUCCAGAAGUAGAGGCCAAGGCACAAGCCGCCAUUAGUUCGUAUUUUAAAGAGCAAAUCAUAGUUCCUAGUCCCGAUGACUGUCCGCUUCGUGAUCAAAAAAUCAUUUUAAGUAGAGAAAAUCAGCAACUGACGCGUGUGAUGCGCAACAAUAGUUGCCAGACUGAAUUAACAUUGCCACCGAUAUUGCCAAAGGAAGUUGAGGAUGCGCUCCGACCGUAUUUCACAUUUAUGCACGAUCAACACAAUACGCCAACGAAAGACUGUGAUAGUCAAUUCAGUACAUCCAUGCAAUAUGCAUCGGUCAUUGAUCAUGAUGCACGCGACGCAUCGUUGCGUCGAAAAUUGUUUCAGAAUUUCGUCAAUACCAGUAGUGACCACAGCUCCGAAUUUGAACACGAUGUACAUUUAGAUAGUCCAGCACCGCAAACACCAGAAAUGCGACUCCAAAGUAUGCGAGCGCGUCGUUUUAUGACACCAUGCACCAAUGCACAAGAUGAAAAUGAGCCACCGCUGGAUGUUUCGUUGAAUUCGGUUGGCCGAGAAUCGUUUGGUUGUAUAUCACCGAUAUCAAAGGCGGUCACACCACAGUCCAGGCCGAAAAGUUUACCAUCCUCCCGGAAAAAAGAAGAUUCUGCAUCGUCGUUAUUUCGGAGCACACCAGACCGUUCGUCGACCGGUCGAUGGAAAUCAUUCGACACCUCCCCCGAUAACGCCGUGAACUCCAGCCACUCGAGCAAACGAAAAUCCUUUCACAUGACUGAUGAGCGAUCGUCUGAAUCAAAUGACACGGUAAAUUUUUCCUAUGACGACGAAAUGCAAUUGUCGUACGGGUCGCAGAAGCACCCACAAACGCCCACCAUGAACAAAAGCAAACGACGAUGCAGCUCAGUUAAUCGAAAGAAUCUGUCGCGUUCAUUCAAUCAACUUGAAGAGCACCAACAUUCAGCUCUAUCGCUUGACCGCACCGACAGCGGGUUCAACGAUAUGAAUCUUGAUUAUACCUCAGCUCAGCAUCAAUUAAAACUCGAACAGAACUUCCCCUUUCAUGAUCUUAUGAAGUGUAAUAAUUUUGCUGAUAAAAACACUGACAUUUCCAUGGCUAGCAUCAAUUAAGUGCCCAAUUUAUUUUCAUUUGUCUUCAAUUGACUUUCGCGUAUAUCCGAUUCAUACACACAAAAUUGGCAAGGCUUGUAUUAAUAUCGUAUAGGUUCUAUAUCUUUCUUCAUUUCAAACUCUCUAGAAAAUUGUAAAAUAUCUCAUGUAACUGCCAAUGUUUUCGCAAAGAAGAAAAAGAAAUUAUUCUCAUUUAUUGUAUUAUUGUAUCUACCGAAAUUGCAUUAAAUUUUAUAACGAAUGUAAAAUGA